CCAGCUCUCUGUGCUCUCUGUGCUCUCUGUGUCUUUAAAUGCUCAGUGCAAGCGCGUUGGAUUGGAGCAGAAGACGCGUUUACUUCAGUCUGGAAGGGAAAUUCAGCCGAACAGCCAGUCUUCUGGUGUUCAUAUGGACCCCAGAUCAUGCAAACAUGAUAUCAUCACCUCCGAUUACGAAACAUCUGGCCAGCUGCGCAUGAAGCCGAAGCGACGUCGUGCUCUGUUUGUCCCCGGAGGUUCCCCCAUGUUUCCCCCCCGGAGGAAAUAAACAGGAACACGGAACCUUUCUCGCCUUCCUUCCUAGGCUUCUGCUCGAACCUGGAUCUUUAACCGCACGAGGACGCGGAGCUGUACCAGGAAUUGAACAGGAAAACUAGACAUGUAUUGGGAAGAGAUGGGAAUCUGUGAUGCGGGGAUUGGAAUCACAGAGCCUGUGUCUGCUGGGAAGGAUUUCAGAUUACAGAUUCUUUCAUAAGAAACGGGGUAUGGACCCUAAAGAAGGCUCUUAUGUAUUGAUUCAGAAAUCUUCAUCGCCGCCAGCAUUUUAACGCACGAGCUUACUUAAUGCUGGAUUACGGAGUCGGGGCGUCGCUGUGGACAGUGCGCAUGCGCAGAUGGCCAACGCGAGCGAUCCAGGCGAAAGCAACAAGCCCUCGCUCCAGGACUAUGCCAUCACUUCCUCUGCUGUGAAACUGGCCUCUCUCGGUCUCAUAGCAGGGAUCAGUUUGUUGGGAAACAUGCUGAUCUCACUGUUGGUGAUUAAGGAUCGUUCUCUUCACAAAGCACCCUAUUAUUUUCUCGUUGAUCUGUGCUUGGGUGAUAUAGCACGCUCGGCAUCGUGCUUCCCAUUCAUGAUGGCGUCUGUGGCACGUGGUCCGGGUUCGAUGUGGGUUUACGGAGCCACGAGCUGCAAAGCCGUGGCCUUUCUGUCUGCUCUCUUCUGCUUCCAUGCCGCCUUCAUGUUGUUUGGUGUGAGUGUCACGCGCUAUAUGGCCAUCGCACACCACCGCUUCUACGCCAAGCGCGUGACGCCAUGGACGUGCACUGCCGUCAUUGGUGUUUCAUGGAUUUUGGCAGCGGCCAUGGCCCUGCCACCUGUGUUUGACAUGAACACAUACAGAUUCAUGCAUGAGGAGGAGCAGUGCAUGUUUGAGCAACGUUACGCGAGGGCCAACGACACACUGGGAUUCACGCUGAUGUUAGCUGUGGUAGUGGGAGCCACACACGCAGUGUAUGUCAAGAUGCUGUGCUUUGUGUAUGACCACCGCAAGAUGAAGCCAGCCCAGUUAAUCCCAGCUGUCAGCCACAACUGGACUUUUCAUGGGCCCGGAGCCACAGGUCAAGCGGCUGCUAACUGGAUCGCUGGAUUUGGACGUGGUCCGACGCCACCCACUCUAGUGGGCAUUAGGCAGGUAGCACACAGUGCCAACAGAAGGCUGCUUGUCCUGGAUGAGUUCAAGAUGGAGAAGCGAAUUGGGAAAAUGUACUACAUGAUAACGCUGGCUUUCCUGCUGCUCUGGGCACCGUACAUUGUGUUGUGCUAUGCGCAAGUAUUGGUGAAGGAUAGUGGCAUGCCGCGGGCAUACGUGAGUGCUGCAGUGUGGCUCACUUUCGCUCAGGCAGCUGCCAACCCGCUCAUUUGCUUUGUUUUCAACAAGGAGCUCAGGACACGAUGCCGAGCCUGCUUCCCUUGCUGCUUGACUAGUCCUACACAAACGCCCAUGGAGCCAUAUUGUGUGAUCUAAAGAAAGUUUCCGGUCUACACCUAUAUUUUUCUUCUGUUGAAAGGUUCUUAAGAAAUGUUGAUUAAUUUAAAAAAAAAAGGACUUCAUAAGACCAAAACAGAGCUGUAAUGAACUGGUUUGACAAAAAUAGGUUUUCCAACAUAAUAAAUUACACGAAAGUUCAUAACUGAUUAGUAAAUCAUUGCGGUGUGUGCCGUUAUAGGACAAUAAUCAACGAUCAGGUGGUGUGAUGCAUUACCACCUCUUGAUUACAUAACUUUUUCCUAUUAUUUUCCUAUACCGGCACACCCCAAAGUGUUUUACUCCUCUUAUACCACAGCAAUUUGCCAACGAUUAUAAUUUUGCAUUUAAUAACUGACGGCAUACUUUGUGAACUGUUUAUGGUUAUGUUUGAUGUUGUGUAACAUCUGUGAGACAAGUUAGUUCCUGUAUCUAAUAUCACUUACGUUACAGCAUCUAUAAACAGUUGUUCCCUCACUUGAAGAAAGUGUCCUCUUUCCAGAACACUUUCCCAUAGCAGAAGACUUGUUACAAUGCAUUGAUGCCCAAGACUCUUUCCAUAAAUGUAAAAUAAACAUCUACUUACAGAAAGCUUCUUUGUUAAAUAACGACACAUUUUUAAUUAUUAAGCUUAAAUUAUGUGGAGGGUCUGCUGUACAAGUCCCUGUGAAUGAGCUGUUGCUAUAGAAAGAGAGAAUAUUAGAAAGAGUACAUUAAUAUAAAUCUGUCAUUGGAAUUACAGCCAGCACUAUUGUCAGAACUGCUGUUAUAGAAAAUUAAUCAACACCAUCUGAACAAUCAGAUUCAAGAAUAUUCAACAGCACUGUAGUGCAACUUGAAAUAAAACAUGAAAAGGAAAAGAGGCAAAAAUAGUAUACUGAACGCAAAAGGAAUAAUGUUUUUACAAUUCUAUUUAAAUAAGGUGUUUCUGUGUCUCUCUUAAAACAUUGCUAUGGGUUUGCAUUAACAGUGGUGGAAUGACUAAACAGCUGUCUGUUAUAGCAACCUUUUUGCAGUUUGGUGUAGAUGUGUGACCACCUCACAUUCUCAAGACACCAUUUUAUACCUAUUCAUUACCGUAGUUUUAGUGCUGCUCACUCAACCACCUAUUCACUGUGCUCAUAGACCCAAACGUCUAAUCUAUGUAAUAACAUUAAAUAUUUUCGAUGUCUCCAAAAUAGCAUCUGGCUGGUUAAUUGAUACAGAAAUGCUUUGUUUAAAAAUACAGAUUCAACAUAUUGUCAUUUUAGGUAUCAUGAGCUAUAUAUAUAUAUAUAUAUAUAAUCACGCAUAAUAUUCAUCACACAAAAGGUGGAAAUACAGUAUCUUCUUUCACGCUUCACUUUCACUGAUCAUACAAAUCAACACUUAACACAUGGCUGUAUGUUUUUUUUCAAGGAUUCUUUGGAUACAUACAUGAUCGUAACUUCCUAAAUGGGUUCUACUUUCAACCCCCUUGCUUAGGGAAACACUCUGGUGUAUGAUUGUACAUAGGAUUUUUCUAUGUCCCAGGUGGACAAACCAAAGAACCCCAAGGGUUCUCGAUUGAACCGUUUUUAAGAGUGUAACAAACACAUUCAUAUGUUUCUCAGCAAAACAUAUUUUGCUGUAACUUCUGUAUAACUUAUUUCUACUUCUUUAUAUUUCCUAUGUAAUAUAUUUGCAAAGACUUUAACAGAUUUCUUUUUCAUUUGGUGUGUCAGAAGUCUUUUUCUACAUAUAACACCUGGACUUCUGUGUGUGGACGAAGCAACAUCCUUUCACCUUCCUGUUAUUUAACUGAUAUUUAAAAAAAAAUUAUAGAAGGACUUGAACAAACUUUUAUUGAUGUUUUUGUUAAUAAAUAAUAAUGGACUGGUGUUACAGAGACAUUUGCAUUGUCUGUAUUGGAAGUCAAAUAAAACUGAUUGCCAUAACAUGUUUAAAUAUGGCCUAUAAAUUUUUCUUUAGAUAAUUAAUUCAGUCCUG